AUGUUCGCGCAGUGUAAAGGCCCAAUAUGGCAAAUCGAUGAUUUGAGUCGUUGCUUUCAAGCCGACUAUCUACAGACUUUACUGCCACUUAUUGCAGUCGCACUAUCCUUCCUCUGUCUACUUUUCCAAGCAAUUCGCCGCUCGAGAAGACCUCAAGUUCCGCCGACCACGCCUGACCUGUUGGUCGAGAUCAGUGAAGAUGAGGAGGACUCGAUCGACGAUAGCGAUGAGGAGGACCUGGCAAAGCUCACUCUUCAAAAAACUACUAGCCAUGUGAACGCAUCUUCAAAAGAUGUGGAUCGUCCGACUGGCGAAGUUUUUCUGGUCACGGUCGAAUUUCUCUUGGUCAUUGUACAAUUCGUCGUCGCUUUUCUACAAGUCGCUUUGACCUCGAAGCGUGACUGGACCCCGACAAUCGCACAGGCUGUGGUAUAUCUCUAUCUCGUCCUCCUGGCUGGCGUGCGGUUGGUGGCGUCGACAACGACAUGGAAAAAUCCUCUGUCUGGUCUGUGGAACCAUAGCGCGAUCAUCUACGGCUUUCAGUGGCUCCUGCAGGUCUGGAUCUUUCGAUCAGAGAUACUCAACCCGCAUUAUAACCUUUCUCAUUACUUGACAAUCACCACGUUUGCCAUCAUCACUACCUUGACUCUAAUCGUUGCUGUCUCUCGAAAGGGGAAUCGAGGUGUUUUGCUCGAGCAUGAAGGCGACAUUGAGCCUUCACAAGAACCCUUGGCCAGCGUUCUCUCUCUACUGACGUUCACCUGGGUUGAUCCGAUCGUGUAUCGAGGCUACAGGAAAACUCUAGAGCUCACAGACGUCUGGAAUCUACCCCUGCAAGACAAGGCUGAGCAUGUGUUGGCGCAGUUCCGUCAAGUUCGAAAGACACACUCCUUGGCGUUACGAUUACUUCUGCAUUUCAAGACAGCCUUAUUGAUUCAAGGUGCUUGGUGUAUGCUUGCUGCUGCAUUCAUGUUUCUCCCAACACUUCUCUUGAAGGCAAUCCUCGAGUUUUUGGAAAACCAAGACAAAAUCCCUCUUAGCGCCGCCUGGCUGUAUGUCAUCCUUUUGGCCGCAACCGGAGCCGUUCAAGCCGUCGGUGAUGGACAAGCGUUGUGGAUUGGAAGAAAAGCCUGUAUCCAUUUGCGCGCCAUCAUCGUCGGCGAGCUUUACUCCAAAACGCUGCGGAGAAAAGCAGCGGCCAAUAUUGAAUCUGACCUGGGCAAGGACGAACCGCAGGAUGAACGAUCGCUCUGGUCGAAACUCAAAUCCUUCUUGGGAGGCCAGAACGACGACAAGCAAUCGGCCGACGAAGUACAACCGGCUCCUAAAAAGUCGCUGGGCAGCCAGGCCAAAAAUGGCACCGUCAUCAACCUUAUGUCCAUAGACUCGUUCAAGGUCGCCGAAGUCUGUGCCUACUUGCACUUUCUUUGGGCGGCUGUUCCUGUUGAACUGAUCAUGGCUGUCACCUUGCUGUACAAAGUUUUGGGAUUCAGUUCAUUUGCCGGUAUUCUACUCAUGGUGCUGUUGCUUCCUCUAAAUCUCUACAUCGCCAAAUCCUUCCAAGCUGCUCAAAAAAGAAUUAUGCUUGCUACUGACGGCAGAAUUCACGUCACGAAUGAAGUCUUGCAAAACAUCCGCAUCAUCAAGUACUUCGCCUGGGAACAACGCUUCGCAAAUAAUGUUUGUGAAAAGAGAAAGAUCGAACUGCAUGCGUUGUGGCGAAAGUAUGUGUUGUGGUCCGCUGCAGCUACUGUCUGGAGCGGUGUCCCUAUUUUGAUCACCUUUACCUCGUUUUUCCUCUACACGGUCAUCGAGAAACAGCCUCUUGUCCCAUCAAUCGCUUUUCCGGCCCUAUCUCUAUUUUCGUUGUUGCGAGUGCCCCUAGAUCAGCUUGCUGAUAUGGUGGCCCACGUACAAGAAUCCAAGGUGUCGGUGGAUCGAGUCGAAGAGUUCCUUGAUGAGGAAGAGACGGAAAAAUACGUUCAACUACGCCAGAGCAGGCGAGCAAGCCGUCACGUCACUCGUAUCGCUCUUGAACAAGCUACGCUUAGCUGGGGGACCACUGGUCCUGAUGAUACAUCGGCAUUCCGACUCAUCAACGUCGAUGUCGAAUUUUCUAUUGGUCAACUCAACGUGAUUGCAGGACCUACAGGUUCUGGGAAGACUUCCCUUUUGAUGGCUCUACUGGGCGAAAUGCAACUCCUUGGAGGAAACGUGUACAUUCCUGGAGGGUCUGUUCGACAAGAUCUGCGCCCUGACCCUGCCACCGGCUUGACAGAAAGUGUGGCAUAUUGCGCACAACAAGCAUGGCUGGUCAAUGCGACCAUCAAAGACAAUAUCCUCUUCGCCAGCGCCUACGACGAAGACCGGUAUCACGACGUAAUCUCAAUCUGCGCCCUGGAACGAGAUCUCGAAAUCCUUGACGCCGGUGAUCAAACCCUGGUUGGAGAAAAGGGCAUCACCAUGUCGGGAGGACAAAAACAAAGAAUUUCACUCGCGCGUGCAAUCUACUCCAACUCGAAGCACCUGUUACUCGACGAUUGCCUGAGUGCUGUCGAUGCACAUACGGCCAAGCACAUAUUCGAGGAAGCUCUGACGGGUGAAUUAAUGGCACAUCGAACUUGCAUCCUCGUUUCACACAAUCUCGCAUUGACCAUCCCCUUGGCAAGUCUGGUUGUCGUGUUGGAAAAUGGCAAAAUCGUUGCCAAAGGCAACCCGCAACAGGUCAUCGAUAGUGGAUCUCUCGGCGAAGAGAUAAUGAAAUCUCGACCGGCCUCGCGAGCAGGUUCGACCGCACCUUCGCGAGUUUCAUCAAACCUGGAGGAAGAAACAUCCAGACUGUCUGGCCAAGGGGGGAAUGGAACCGUGACGCCUCGCUCCCGAGCUGCGAACAAAAGUCGGGCCAAGUCUGACAAACCAGACCGAGAAUUCGUUGACCACAGAUUGGAAAGCAAAGCCUCUGGGAGCGUCAAGCUGUCCACGAUCACAGCAUACCUUGCGGCUAUGGGUCCAUGGUAUUAUUGGAUCUUUGCCGCGACAGGCUUCAUCGCAACUCAAAUUGGAUCCGUGGCGACCAAUGUGUGGAUUCGACAAUGGGCGAACGCAUAUCACCUCAAGGAUACCUCGACUUCGCAUGCCGCAGUCCAUGCCUUCUAUCACAACAACUUGCCAGGUACGACUUCUCCCUCGGGGAAUGCCUACAUUUUGGUACCCCCUAGUUGGAGCGCUCAGACAAAGUGGAUUGUCCAGACGGUUUAUGACGUUGAUGUCUCCUAUUACCUUGGCGUCUACGCCGUCAUCGGUCUUAUCUAUGUCUUCAUCUGCUUCGGUCGAGAGUUGAUUCUCUUCUGGGGCUCUCAACGUGCCUCGUGGGUUUUGCAUGAAAAGCUGCUGACCAGCAUCCUUCGCGCCAAGUUCCGCUUCUUCGAUUCCACGCCUCUGGGACAACUGACCAAUCGAUUUUCGAAGGAUGUGCAAGCUUUGGAUCAGGAAGUGGCACCCGUUGCCAUAGGAAUGCUACACAGUGCUGCAUCUGUGCUCACAAUUGUGGUACUCAUAUCCGUCAUCACUCCCGGUUUUCUGAUUCCAGGGUUUUUCAUCACACUGAUGUACAUCGCCACUGGAAUGCUGUAUAUCCGGUCAUCGCGAGAUCUCAAACGCAUCGAAUCGGUCCAACGCAGCCCCCUCUUCCAGCACUUUGGCGAAACGCUGAGUGGAGUUGUGACCAUUCGAGCAUAUGGCGAUGAAUCACGAUUCAUUGAAGAGAGCAACUUGCGUGUCAACACAUAUAAUCGACCUUUUAUCUAUUUGUGGGCCACUAACCGAUGGCUCGCAUUCAGAAUCGAUGUCGCUGGAGCUCUGGUGUCGUCCUUUUCGGCGAUGUUCGUUGUCAUCAAUGCGAAGACCAUCGACCCCGGUGCGGCGGGCUUGGCACUGUCAUAUGCCAUUACCUUCACACAGAACGUCUUGUGGCUUGUACGACUAUACGCCGCCAACGAGCAAAAUAUGAAUUCGGUGGAGCGGUUGCAGGAAUACAUCGAUAUCGAGCAAGAAGCGCCAGCGAAGAUCCCUGAGAAUGCCCCCGCCGCCAAUUGGCCAAGUCAAGGAUCUGUCCAAUUCGUCGGCUACAGUACUUCAUACCGACCAGACCUGGAUCCUGUGCUCAAGCAAGUUUCAUUUCGAAUUGAAGGGUCGCAAAAGGUCGGCAUUGUUGGUAGGACAGGGGCUGGGAAGAGUUCGUUGGCACUCGCGUUGUUCCGAGGACUGGAAGCCGAGAAGGGCAAGAUCCUCAUUGAUGACGUCGAUAUCGGUCUUAUUGGAUUACAAGACCUUCGAGAAGCCAUCACCAUUGUUCCACAGGAUCCGACGCUUUUCACAGGAACCUUGCGAUCCAACCUGGAUCCGUUCGAACUCUUUACGGACGAGGAAAUCUUUACGGCUCUGCGUCGGGUUCAGUUGAUAUCCGGUCCUCGUUCUGAUUCCCAGAAAUCGGGAGCGACGACACCUUUGGAAGCUUCCAGUCGAUCUCCGACCCUGAGGGAACGCUCGAGCCCACCCGAAAGCCAUGCCUCCCUGUCGGCUAAUGGUACAGAUGCCACAGAAUCCACGCUUGUUCGCUUUGCCAGCAACACCAAGGGGAAUAAGAACAUCUUUCAAGAUUUGACAUCUCCCGUCGCUGAAUCUGGAUCCAAUCUGUCACAAGGACAGCGACAAUUGUUGUGUUUGGCACGAGCACUACUGAAGAAUCCCAAGGUGCUCGUGAUGGACGAAGCCACAGCGUCCAUCGACUAUGCCACAGAUUCAAAGAUCCAAGACACUCUGCGGGAGUUGAAAAACAACACCAUCCUUACCAUCGCACAUCGUUUACAAACCAUUAUCGACUACGACCGCGUGUUGGUGCUCGAUAGAGGCGAGGUGGUGGAGUAUGCUGAUCCAUGGGAAUUGAUUCAAAACGAGGAUGGCCAUUUCCGGUCCAUGUGUGAAACCAGUGGCGACUUUGACUUACUUUAUGAGCUCGCGAAAAAAUCAUGGCAAGAUAGAAGACUGGUUGACGACUCUUGA